GUGAGUUGGCCUCUCAGCUCAGUUUCAGGUAGGAACCAAUGAGCGAAGAACUUGAGCACUCGGAACAGAAGGCACGGACAGAACGGAAGUUUAGACGGUUUCUCUGGGUGAACUGUGACAGCAUCGCAUCAAAUUAAAUAAAUAUUUUUCCUCAGUGUUUUCCCAAAUCCCCCUUUCCCUCACCCAUGGCGUCCAACUCUAACAUAGACAUCGAGGGGGCGACCCAGCACCUCCGGGACAUCUUGAGGCUCGAUCGCCCGGGGAGCAGCGCCGAUGUACAGUCAAAUAACGAUCAGAGAAACCUCUCGUUCAACGGAGAGCUGAACGGCUUACUGGGAGCUGGACUGCUGGGAAGCAGCAUGGCCGAAUCCACCAGACCCAUCUCCACUGACGGCAGCAUCCAGGAGAGUCAGAGGAUCUGCCUGACUGGUGACGAUGGGAGCACCUGUAUCCCCAUCACCUCAAACAACGUUGAGAUUGUGGCGAGCCAAGAUUCUGGCAUCAACAGCAAGGCACGGGGCAGCAACAAGGUUAAAAUUCAGCCUGUCGCUAAAUAUGACUGGGAGCACAAGUAUUACUAUGGCAGACUGAUCGCCGUGUCCAACUCCUUCCUGGCGUACGCCAUCAGAGGAGCCAACAACCACGCUAUGAUUCGGGUUCUGAGUUUGGACUUUAGUGAGCGCUCCUUACUGAAGGGGUUCACCGGGGCCGUCACGGAUCUGGCCUUUGCCCACCUCGACUCCUCUCUGUUGGGUUGUGUGGACGAGGCCGGCAACCUGGUGGUCUGGCAGCUCACACUCACUGGAAGCAAAAUACUGGAUCAGAUAGUGGUUCAUAUUCAGCGGCCAGAAGACACUCCACUGAACUCCCAUAGACGCCUCAUCUGGUGCCCAUUCAUCAUGGAUGAAAGCGACGAGAACCAGGACGACAUCAGCCAGACUUUGGCUCUUCUACAUGAAGACAGGGCUGAGGUCUGGGAUCUGGAAGUUCUGAGAGCCAAUAACAGCAGUUGGCCUGUUGAUGCCACAGAACUCAAAGAUGGCCUCAUCACAGUCAAAGGUCACACCCAGAGAGUCAGUGAAGGUGCUCUGUCACCUGAUGGAACCGUGUUAGCCACAGCGAGCCAUGACGGAUACAUCAAGUUCUGGCAGAUCUACAUAGAAGGCGGACAAGACAUGCCCAGAUGUCUUCAUGAAUUACGGCCUCAUGGAGGACGUCCGCUCUCCUGUCUUCUCUUCUGUGACAACCACAAGCGGCAGGAUCCAGAGGUUCCUUUCUGGAGGUUUCUGAUAACUGGAGCAGACCAGAACCAGGAGUUAAAGAUGUGGUGCACGGUCUCCUGGACUUGCUUGCAGACCAUCAGGUUUUCUCCAGAUCCAUUCAACUCUAUGGUUCUGCCAAGUCUCAAGGCCAGUUUAGAUCUUUCUGCUGAAUACUUGAUCCUCACUGAUGUGCAGAGAAAGGUCCUUUAUGUGAUGGAGCUGCGGCAGGAUCUAGGGAAGGGGAAAGCCAGCUUCACGGCCGUGUCGGAGUUCCUGCUUACCCACCCUGUGCUCAGCUUCGGGGUACGAGACGUCACCCACAGCCGACUGAGACACACCGAGGUCCUCACAGCGGAAGAGGAGAGCGAGAGCAUGUCGACAGAGGGCACUCAGGGACCUGCAGAGUCCAAAUCUGGAAUCCAAAUUAAACUCUACUGCGUCCACACAAAGAGUUUGCAAGACGUCCAGAUCUGGUUUCAGCCCAACAUGGGUUUCAACACGUCAGGUUUUCUUCCGCACUCUGAGUCCCAAGAUGGUUUUGCAGGGUUUUCAGACCAGAGCUCCGACAAGGACUCUGGAAGUGGCUCACAGACUGACCUGAGAAAGAUCCACUCGUUUCCUGCUCCUUCUGACUUCCUGUCUAACUCGGGAUCCGCUAGCGGCCCGAUGCCCAAGCUGAUGACUCCUGAUGCCUUCAUGACACCAAGCACUUCGGUACCUGCAUCUCCUGGUAGCAGCGCCAGCAGUCUGACUAUUGUUACAGCCAUCAGCAGCAACUCUGAUUCAAACAGAGCUAUAGACGAUGUCAGUCAGAGUCCCAGCAGAGGAGACAACUGCAGCAGUAGUUUGGGACUCAGCCCAAGAGCUUCUUCUGCAGUGCUGUUGCCUGGACUCGAGAACCUGCAGGCUCUGGCACCCAGCGGCCCUCUGGUUCUUGACUCCCCUCAGGUCCCAGAUUCUCCCCUGCUGCCUCCCUUAGCCUCCCCGACCAGGGCCCGCUCUCCAGACGUCAUCUCCUCCGCCUCCACGGUGAUGUCCCAGGACAUGCCGGAGAUCGCCACGCAGACCCUGCAGCUUCAGCGGGGUCACGGCUUGGAAGCCUUGCCUCUUCCUGCUCUUCAGACAGACAGCAUGGCCUCUGCUGCCUGUGCUUUGCACCUACUGACGUCUCCACGCGCUGCCAACAACAACGGUUUGUUGCCUCUUGAACUCGGAGGCGUCGAAGGGUCAUCGAUCGGGGUAGAUUCAGAGUCCAGACUCGGUAAUAAACCGUCUCUCCUGGAGAAUACACUGUCGCAGGAAAACCCCGGAGCCAGCGGAGGGUCAUCGGAUGGCAGUGUUGGCCACACGUCAUGGCCGGCAGCUCCAGACAUCACCAGGGAAACCAGGAACAGCCUCAGGGACAAUGGGCUGGGAGACUGCUCGAGAGAGGAGUCCAGCGAGCGCCGUUUGAGCUCCCCCUACCACCGGCGCUCCUACCUCCUCACACAGAACGACAGUCAGGAUGUUGGUGCUGACCAGAGUGAUCCUGAUGAUGAGAUUGCCAGUCUGGCUUCAUCUUCUGGGAACUGUGGCUCUCGCUCCUCUCACAGGAUACCAGUGAAAGACUGGAAGAGCUCCCCGCGAAGCUCGCCGAAACUAAAGAGGAAAGUAAAGAAAGAUGACUGUGAUUCUUCUCAGCCCCGCCACAUGGACCCUGCUCAGUUUAACGCAGAUGCUCAGGAUGAGCUGUUGAUGCUGCUGCGCACCCAGCAUAGAGAUUUAACCGAACUGUGGUCACUGGUGGAGACCAUGCCGGGUACCAUUAUGGCUCAGAUGCAGCACGUGCUGAUGAGGCACCAGGAGCAGGAACAGCGCAGACUGGACCGAGUUCUGGUAGAGAGUCAGAACCACCAGCAGCAGCUUCAGGAACAGCUCACCCAGCAGUUGAGCCACACCCUCAGUUCAGCGCUGACAAACAGAAUGGACAAGGUUCUACGAGACGAGCUGAAGAAAACUGUCCCUCAAACAAUUUCUAAGAGUCUGGAACCAGUGACGGGGCAGCUGAACAGCACAAUUUCAGCUAAACUGGCCGCAGUGGAGGUCACCUUGAAAGACAACGUCGUCAAGGUGGUCAAAUCCAAGAACACCACAGACGCCAUCGGUCGAGCUGCAGCCGAGGCCAUGCAGGGGCCCAUCCAGACUGCGUACAAAGACACCUUCCAGAGCACCGUGCUGCCUGUCUUUGAAAGAGGCUGCCAGUCCAUGUUUCAGCAAAUCAACGACAGCUUCAAACAGGGCACACAUGAAUACAUCCAGCAGCUGGAGACUCACAUGAAGAACAGAAAGCAGAGAGAACAGGACACGCGGGACCCCAUGAUCGGCCAGCUACAGCAGAUGAUGGACAGCUUCCAGAGCUCCACCGAUCAGCUGGCCAGCAGCAUCUCGGCGACCGUCCGGGCCGAGGUCCAGCACCAGAUGCAGAUGGUGGUGGGAAAUCUGCAGGAGUCUAUUCUCAGCCAUGUGCAGCGGAUCGUCAAAGGGGAGGUGAGCCUGGCCAUGAAGGAGCAGCAGGCGGUCGUAACCUCCAGCAUCAUGCAGGCGAUGAGGUCAGCAGCCGGAACGCCCGUCCCCACGGCGCACCUGGACUACCAGACACAGCAGGCCAACAUCCUGCAGUUCCUCCAGCAGGGCCAGCUCAAUCAGGCCUUCCAGCAGGCUCUGUCAGCGACUGAUCUGAACCUGGUUCUGUAUGUUUGUGAGACCAUCGACUCGCAGCAGGUGUUUGGGCAGACCCCGUGCCCUCUGAGCCAGCCUGUUCUGCUCUCACUCAUCCAGCAGCUUUCCUCCAACCUCGCCACCCGCUCUGAGCUCAAGAUCAGCUACCUGGAAGAUGCAUUGAUGAACUUGGAUCACAGUGACCCCCUGACUAGAGACCACAUGUCCUUGGUGCUGGCCCAGGUCCGACCGAAGCUCAUCACCUUCCUGCAGCAGGACCCCCACAGCCCACUCACCAAGAGGGCGCGCCGCCUGCUGAUGAUGCUGCAGGGACUCGUCAACCACUAGUCCCCCCCCCCCCAAACAAAUGUUUUGUUUGUUGUUGUUUUUUUAUGGCAGAAGCUUCAGGGAACGCAUCGUUCUGCUUCUGAGACAAAACUCCACCUCCAUCUCCGUCGGCUCCCUGCCGCAUCGCCUCCUGAUCUUUGAUUGAAGAAUGAAGAUUUUUUUUUCCUUUCUGCUGUGCGAUAAUAAUCAGGACAGAAGGAUUUUUUACGUUCACUGUUGACAUUUUUGUCGUCUCUGACGCUGUGAACCAUCAGAAGACCAGUUGAAUCCUCCCUUUCAGUUUCUCGUCAUGUAUCCAAACCCCCACCUUCAGCCAGACGUGUCGGGAUGCAGACGGAGUACCGUCCGAGGCGCAGCCUGAAGAAAAUGUCGCCUUAACAGCAAACAGCUGGCCUUUUCUUUGUUGUUUUUCCGACGGGGAAUUCACCGGGUCAUUCUGCUCUCAGUUCAGUUAUUUCUCAAGCCAAUCAGGACAACCCACAAGUAUGAGAGAUCCCAAAGACAUUGUAUGUUUCCUCUCGGUUAUUUCUUAAUGGGUUGGAGGUGACAUUCCUGCCCCACCGAGUCUUUGACCAGAGAAUCUGCUCAUGUUCAUGAAGAUAGUUUUCCUGUUUUCAGGAUUUGUCCUACAGAGAAGGUAGAAGGUGAGAGAGAAUAGGGUCCAACGUGAUAAAUAGCUGAAAAAGAAGCGGUUUUGAUAUGAUGAAGCAGAGUAAUUCUUAGUUUAAGGCCACCGUCCACCACUUGUUUUCUUCACUAUGUUAGCCCCAUUUUUAUAAAGAGCAUUUAGCAAUUGUAAACCAUUUAAAUUUGCUUUAAAUUUUCUCAGAGUAGCUUAAUAAACAAACGUGAUUAAUACUGACAUUAUUUUACCAGGAUGUUUGUGAACUUAAUGUGCAGUUACUCCUCUUAGGCUCUAGGAGGCAGCACUCAGUCAGACCCUGUUUUUCUACAUGUUUAGGUUUAGGUUUUGAAAUCGUUCCCAUUUUAUUGCUUUCUGCCCUUAGGUUGUGAAUGCACAUUGUUUAAAUAGUGGAGCUCAUUCACACAAAGGUUAAAUGUUCAACUUACAGGGUAGAUUUACGUUGUUGCUGGUUGUAAAAUAAAAAAAAUAUUAAUCUCUGUGUGUUUAGGAUCUGUUGGACUUGUCUAGAAAGUGCCUUACUGUAUUUUAUCUGUUUCUGACAACAUGUAAGGUUAAACUGUCACCCACAGAGGAGAACCUGCAUGUUCUGUUGAGAUGCAGAUUUGAGCGCUGGUUUCAGGCUUGGAGAAAAAGAGAAACACUUUUUUUUUUUUUUUUUUUGACUACUAGCAGUUUGGCCUCAUCUGCUGCUGUCCUGACGCUAAGUUUUCUUGCUCUCUCUGUUGUUUGUUUCCUCUGGUUCUGUUCUGCUGUUUAUAGCUUGUUUUACGCUCAAACAUUUUGGAAUAAAGGAAAAUAAACAGG